AGGACCGGAAGUAGCUGUGUUUUCAGAGGUCUAAGAAUGAGCGGGACGGAACCAGCCCAAGAUCCGCAGACCCCCGGUCCCCCAGCGCAGCCCGGGCCGCCCCUCGACAUCAAACCCAACCUUGCCAGCAUUCCCAAAGCUGGCCCCGCGGCGGGCAUCCCGGGAAGGGAGCCGGGGGAGCGCAGGGCGAGCGGUGAGGUUCCCGUGUCGGCGGCAGCGAGCGCGGCGCCCUCCGAGGGAUCUCUGUCUAACGGGGUCUACCUGCCCCCCGGCGCGUCCAACGGGGACAUCAAGCCUGUCAUUUCCAGCACUCCGCUGGUGGACUUCUUGAUGCAGCUGGAAGAUUACACGCCGACGAUCCCGGACGCCGUGACCGGAUAUUACCUGAACAGGGCCGGCUUCGAGGCUUCCGAUCCGCGGAUUAUCCGGCUGAUCUCAUUGGCCGCUCAGAAGUUUAUCUCUGACAUCGCGAACGAUGCUCUGCAGCACUGCAAGAUGAAGGGGACGGCCUCCGGCAGCUCGCGCAGCAAGAGCAAGGAUAAGAAGUAUACGCUGACCAUGGAGGACCUGACCCCGGCGCUGGCCGAGUACGGCAUCAACGUCAAGAAACCGCACUAUUUCACUUAGGCCCCGGGAUCCGCUCGCAUCCUGCGCCGCACCAGACUUUUUAUGAGAUCCCGAGGUUCCUGCCGGAGCGGCCGCACAGCAGGGGUGGUUUUGUGUUCAGAGAGGAGGCUGCCGGCCCCUUGGGAUCCGUUACACAGAAGGAAGCGACUGGUGGAGCUUCGCGUUUUAUCAGUCGCCCAACGGCUUCUCCGUGAUCCCCCCCCAGCCUUAGGUUUGUGUUAUAACCCCCCCCCUCGGAGGGGACGGUCUAUCUGUAGGGGGCGCCAUUGGAGGGGAGGCUAUUAACCCUUUCCUGUUGGAUUCAGUUGCUGUUGUUUGUUGAUGGGGUUCUCCUGUUGGGGGGGGAGUGAAAAUGUAAAUAUUAAGAUUCACCGCGUUACAGAAAUAAAGUUUAUUUGACAAAA